AUGAAAAUUUUAAUUGAUACUGGUGCUCAACAUUGUUUUAUUAAUCAAACUUGUUUAAAAAAUCUUGAUCAAUUAAUAUAUUAUCGUAAUACACCACAACAAUUUUUUAUGGCUGAUGGGCUCAAUGAGAUUAAAACAACUGGUAUUGUUCAUUUAUCAAUUUCUAUAGGUGAUGCUACAACAUCUAUUCCAGCAUUUAUUACUACAAAUUUAUGUACUGAUAUUAUAUUAGGUCUUGAUUAUUUGUUGAAAUAUGAUUUAGAAAUUUAUCCGAAGAAAAAAUUGAUUAUUUUUAAUUUUAAUAAUCAAAAGGUUAUGAUACAAAUGGAUUCUGAAACAUCAUUAACUGAUCAUUCUUUACAGUUAUCAAAUCUUAUACAAUCAACACCAAUGCAACAAUUGAACACACUUAUCACAACAUCAUUUAAUAAUACUCAACAAUCUAUUUUAAAAUUAAUCAAUCAUACUUCUAAUCCAGAUCAACAUUAUAAACUUCAAUCUUUAUUAUUUCAAUUUGAAUCUACAUUUGAUAUAAGUAAUUAUAAAAUUGCACAAACAGAAAUUACUCAUUUUAUCGAGACAAUUCCUCAUACGCCACCAGUAUCAAAAGCAUAUCCUGGUAAUCCAACAAUAAAUGCUGAAUUAAAAAUAAUGAUUGAUCAAUUACUUGAUGCUGGACUUAUAUGUACUUCUCAAUCACCAUAUGCAGCUCCAACAUUGUUAGUUAAAAAGAAAGAUCAAAGUUGGAGAUUGGUGAAUGAUUACAAGAAAUUGAAUUCUAUAACAAUUAAAGAUAAUUAUCCUUUGCCAAACAUGGAAAUUACUCUUCAAUCUUUAGGUGCAGGAUAUUCAUUUUUUUCGAAACUAGAUUUAAAAUCAGGAUUUUGGCAAUUUCCAAUUAAUCCUUCUGAUCGUGCUAAAACUGCUUUUAUAACGCCGUUUGGUUUAUUUGAAUGGUUGGUUUUGCCUCAAGGACUUCGUAAUUCUCCGCCAACUUUUCAAAGAACUAUGAGCAAUGUAUUAUCUUCAUGUACUGAUUGUUCUUUAAUUUAUUUAGAUGACAUUGUUGUAUUUAGUCAUACUUAUGAUGAACAUUUACUUCAUUUAAAUAAAGUAUUAAAUGCAUUAAAAUUACAUAAUUUAACAUUAAAUCCUGAAAAAUGUGAAUUAGCAAAAGAAAAAAUUGAAUAUUUAGGUCAUAUAAUUUCAUCAAAUAUUAUUACUCCACUACCUUAUCGUAUUAAAUCAAUUAUUGCAUUACCAGAACCAAAAUCAUUAUCAAAAGCUAAUCGUUUUAUAGGUUCAUUAUCUUGGUAUAGAAAAUUUAUACCUGCAUUUGCAUCAGUUGCCGCACCUAUACAUGCCGUAACGAAUUUAUCAAAACUUAAUCGACACAAAUUCAAAUGGGGAUCUGAACAAUCAAAAUCUUUUUAUGAUUUGAAAAAUAUUCUUACGUCAUCACCACUCUUUUUAAAUUUUCCAGAUGAUAAAUAUCCAGUAUUUUUAUCUACGGAUGCUUCUCAAGUUGGUUUAGGUGGUAUACUUUAUCAAGAAAUUGAUAAUGAAAAAAGAAUACUUUAUUAUCAUUCAGAAUUACUGAAUGCAACGCAAAAACGAUAUAUUCCAAUUGAACUUGAAGCAUUAGCAAUUUUUAAAUGUUUUACUCGAAUGAAGUCUUUUUUACUUGGUCGUGAUAUUAUCAUUUAUACGGAUAACUGUCCUAUUUGUCAUAUGAUGGAUAAGAAAAUUUUAAAUAGACGUGUUGAAAAAAUAUCGAUCUUAUUACAAGAAUUUAAUAUUCAAAAAAUUAUACAUGUUAAAGGAAAAUAUAAUUGUUUACCAGAUUAUCUUUCACGACAUCCUAUUACUGCUGAAGAUGAAUUACUUGAUCAUGAUUAUGGUUUAGGUUUUAAAAAAGAUAAAUCUUCUUCUAUUCAAUUAAUUGGUGCAAUUACUCGAUCAAAAUCUAAAAUAACACCACAACAAAUAACAUCAUCAUCUCCAUCACAACAUACAACAUCAUCAUCAUCUCCAUCACAACAUAUAACAUCAUCAUCAUCUCCAUCACCUUCAAACGAUUUAAAUUAUUUAAAUCCUGACGAAAUUUUUUUUGAUAUAACGAAGUUAAAAGAAUAUCAAUCUAAUGAUAAACAAGUUCAAAAGAUUAUUGAUGAUUUACAAAAGAACCCAAAUAUGUCUUUUGUUUAUCAAGAUGAAAUUUUAUAUAAAUUAGCAUCUAUUCCACAUGGAAAGACUAAACGUAAAUUAUUUUAUAUUCCAUCAUCUAUGAUCAAACAAUUACUUAUUUCUUAUCAUGAUAAUCCUCUUAUUGGUGGUCAUUUUGCAAUUCGAAGGACUUUAGAUAAACUUAAACAACAGUUUUGGUGGCCUGAAAUGAAGCAGACAGUUAUGGAUCAUAUAAAAUCGUGUGUUCCUUGUCAAGCCUUUAAUGUAAAUCGACAAAAAUCUGCUGGUUUUCUUCAUCCAAUACCACCACCGGAUGGUCCUAAUCAAUUACUAGGAAUGGAUUUUUGUGGCCCAUUUCCAAUAACACCACAAGAAAAUAAAUAUGUACUUUGUCUCACCGAUUAUUUCACCAAAUUUAUUGUUGCAGUUGCUUUACCUUCUUGUUCGGCUGGUGUUACAGCAGAAGCUAUUUUUAAAAAUUACAUUUGUCAGUUUGGUGUACCUAAAGUAAUUAUUUCAGAUCAAGGUACAAGUUUUAAGAACAAUUUGAUGUAUUCAUUAUCAAAAUUAAUAGGUUAUCAUCAUAUAUUUUGUACACCUUAUAGACCACAAUCUAAUGGAGCAGUUGAAAGGUUCAAUGGUACAUUCGUUAUUCAACUUGCCAAAUUAACAGAUAAUGAAACAAACAAUUGGGAUGAAUAUUUAUAUCCGAUCGUUUUCGCUUACAACACCGGUGUGCAUUCAACAACAAAUAUAUCUCCAUAUGCACUUACAUUUGGUCGACAAGCAAAUCUUCCAACUGAUCCUCCAGUAACAACAUUAACACUUCCUGAUCCUCAUGAUUAUUUUCGACAAUUGGUUCUUAAUUUAAAAUAUUAUCAUCAAACAGUUAAAGAAAUUAUCUUGAAACAACAACAAAAAACAAAAGGUCGAUAUGAUUAUCAUCGUAAAAAUCCUGAAUAUGAUUUAGGUACAACAGUUUUAACUCGAGUAUUUACAAACAGAUCUAAAUUAGACCCAAGAUUUUCGAUUGAUCCAAAGAUAAUUGUUGAAAAUCAUCAUCCAAUUUACACUGUUGAAGACAUAUGGAUACAAAAAGAAUUGCUAAAGUUCAUGUUAGUGAUAUUAGACCACUAUUACUUACAGAUAAUUAAUUUUAUUUAUAAUUAA